CCUCGCUCUGAACGUCUGUCAACAACAACAGCGACAACAUCACUUGCAUGAUUCUUGAUGACAUCACAGAUUCCACACGUAUCCAAGUGCCUCUAGACUGGUAAAACAUCAAGGCAUAGGCGCACUCUUCAGAAGUCUACCUCCAGUUUUUCUUGGUUUGGUAACUUGGGCUCUUUUUUUCGGGAGUCGGGAGUGUUUUUUUUUCUGCCAGGACGCUGGUUCUUGUCUAGUCCAGUGGCUACCCUAUCAAGGCUAACCUUCCACGAACUGGAAUACAGUGCAUUUUUACUCAUAAUUUCACCCACUGGUCAAGCUCCAUCGUCGGCAGCUCCCGGUUCUCUUCUCUGGCGGGAGGUUAGCAGAAGGCAUAGGGUUGUGGAGGUAUGACUGCGUUGGCUGGGGCAAUACCAAGGAUGAUGCGCCCCAUGCUGGCGCAGAACUACCCCCACAGUGGCUUCCCACUGGAAGUCUCUACCCCGUUAGGCCAAGGCAGAAUGAACCAGCUCGGGGGAGUUUUCAUAAAUGGCAGACCUUUGCCCAACCAUAUCCGCCAUAAGAUCGUCGAAAUGGCCCACCAUGGCAUCAGGCCAUGCGUAAUCUCCCGUCAGCUCCGCGUCUCUCACGGUUGCGUUUCUAAAAUCCUCUGCCGGUACCAGGAGACCGGCUCUAUUCGGCCCGGGGCCAUCGGGGGAAGCAAACCCAAGCAGGGGACGACGCCUGAUGUUGAGAAGAGAAUAGAGGAGUACAAGCGGGACAACCCGGGUAUGUUUAGCUGGGAGAUUCGGGAUAAAUUACUGAUGGAUGGGAUAUGUGACCGGAACACCGUUCCAUCAGUGAGCUCUAUCAGUCGCAUCAUGAGGAGUAAAUUCGGAGGGAAGGGAGAUGACGAUGAUGAUGAAGAUGAAAUCGAGAAAAAGGAAUUAGAAGAACACGAACGGCGGGCCAAACACAGCAUCGAGGGCAUCUUAGGAGACCGAUCGAGCCACUCAGAUGAGGGGUCGGACGUGGAGUCUGAACCAGACCUGCCUCUGAAGAGGAAGCAGCGCCGCAGUAGAACCACCUUCACUGCCGAACAGCUGGAUGAGCUGGAGAGAGCCUUUGAACGAACACACUACCCUGACAUCUACACCAGGGAAGAGCUGGCUCAGAGGGCCAAACUCACAGAGGCCAGAGUUCAGGUGUGGUUCAGUAACAGAAGAGCUCGGUGGAGGAAGCAGGCUGGAGCUAGUCAGCUCAUGGCCUUCAAUCACCUGAUCCCUGGGGGCUUCCCGCCCUCUGCCAUGUCCAGUCUCUCACCUUAUCAGCUGUCUGACAGCCCGUAUCCCCCUACAUCCAUAUCACAAGUGGUGUCGGAGCAGGCCAGCACGCUGCACCGGCCCCAGCCCCUGCCCCCGUCCUCAGGCCACCACCAGAGCUCAGGAGGGGGAGGACAGGAUGGGGGGUCUGCCUACUGCCUGGCCUCUGGACGCCACAGCUUCUCAGGCUACUCCGACAGCUUUGUCACGUCAGGAGGCCCUCCCAUGAACUCUGCCAUCAGCAAUGGCCUCUCUUCACAGGUGAUGGGUCUGUUGAACCCAGGUGGGGUGCCCCACCAGCCCCAGAGUGACUAUGCCCUCUCCCCCCUGACAGGAGGCCUGGAGCCCCCUGGGGGCAUGGGGGCCAGCUGCUCCCAGCGUCUGGAGCACAUCAAGGGUCUGGAGGGCCUGUCCAGUGUCCCCAACAUCCCCAGUCUCCCCUCGCUGCCCAACUCCCAGUCCUACUGCCCGUCCUCCUACAGCGCUCCUGCCUACAGCGUGGACCCUGUGGCCUCCUACCAGUAUGGGCAGUACCACGGACAAAGUAAGGUGCCCUUCAUUAUCUGAGACCUGAGAUCACCUGAGGAUCUGCCCCUCUAAGUGACCCCCCACCACCUCCACCUCUGACCCAACCCAGUCUCCAUCUCUGACCCAACCCAGUCUCCACCUCUGACCCAACCCAGUCUCCACCUCUGACCCAACCCAGUCUCCACCUCUGGCCCAACCCAGUCUCCACCUCUGACCCAACCCAGUCUCCACCUCUGGCCCAACCCAGUCUCCACCUCUGACCCAGCCCAGUCUCCACCUCUGACCCAGCCCAGUCUCCACCUCUGACCCAACCCAGUCUCCACCUCUGGCCCAACCCAGUCUCCACCUCUGACCCAGCCCAGUCUCCACCUCUGACCCAACCCAGUCUCCACAUCUGGCCCAGCCCAGUCUCCACCUCUGGCCCAGCCCAGUCUCCACCUUUGGCCCAACCCAGUCUCCACCUCUGACCCAGCCCAGUCUCCACCUCUGGCCCAACCCAGUCUCCACCUCUGACCCAGCCCAGUCUCCACCUCUGACCCAACCCAGUCUCCACAUCUGGCCCAGCCCAGUCUCCACCUCUGGCCCAGCCCAGUCUCCACCUUUGGCCCAACCCAGUCUCCACCUCUGACCCAGCCCAGUCUCCACCUCUGACCCAGCCCAGUCUCCACCUCUGGCCCAGCCCAGUCUCCAUCUCCGGCCCAGCCCAGUCUCCACCUCUGACCCAGCCCAGUCUCCAUCUCUGACCCAGCCCAGUCUCCAUCUCCGGCCCAGCCCAGUCUCCACCUCUGACCCAGCCCAGUCUCCACUUCUGACCCAGCCCAGUCUCCACCUCUGGCCCAGCCCAGUCUCCACCUCUGACCCAGCUCAGUCUCCACCUCUGACCCAGCCCAGUCUCCAUCUCCGGCCCAGCCCAGUCUCCACCUCUGACCCAGCCCAGUCUCCACCUCUGGCCCAGCCCAGUCUCCACCUCUGACCCAGCCCAGUCUCCACCUCUGACCCAGCCCAGUCUCCAUCUCUGACCCAACCCAGUCUCCACCUCUGACCCAACCCAGUCUCCACCUCUGACCCAACCCAGUCUCCACCUCUGGCCCAACCCAGUCUCCACCUCUGACCCAACCCAGUCUCCACCUCUGGCCCAACCCAGUCUCCACCUCUGACCCAGCCCAGUCUCCACCUCUGACCCAGCCCAGUCUCCACCUCUGACCCAACCCAGUCUCCACCUCUGGCCCAACCCAGUCUCCACCUCUGACCCAGCCCAGUCUCCACCUCUGACCCAACCCAGUCUCCACAUCUGGCCCAGCCCAGUCUCCACCUCUGGCCCAGCCCAGUCUCCACCUUUGGCCCAACCCAGUCUCCACCUCUGACCCAGCCCAGUCUCCACCUCUGGCCCAACCCAGUCUCCACCUCUGACCCAGCCCAGUCUCCACCUCUGACCCAACCCAGUCUCCACAUCUGGCCCAGCCCAGUCUCCACCUCUGGCCCAGCCCAGUCUCCACCUUUGGCCCAACCCAGUCUCCACCUCUGACCCAGCCCAGUCUCCACCUCUGGCCCAGCCAAGUCUCCACCUCUGGCCCAGCCCAGUCUCCAUCUCCGGCCCAGCCCAGUCUCCACCUCUGACCCAGCCCAGUCUCCAUCUCUGACCCAGCCCAGUCUCCAUCUCCGGCCCAGCCCAGUCUCCACCUCUGACCCAGCCCAGUCUCCACUUCUGACCCAGCCCAGUCUCCACCUCUGGCCCAGCCCAGUCUCCACCUCUGACCCAGCUCAGUCUCCACCUCUGACCCAGCCCAGUCUCCAUCUCCGGCCCAGCCCAGUCUCCACCUCUGACCCAGCCCAGUCUCCACCUCUGGCCCAGCCCAGUCUCCACCUCUGACCCAGCCCAGUCUCCACCUCUGACCCAGCCCAGUCUCCAUCUCCGGCCCAGCCCAGUCUCCACCUCUGACCCAGCCCAGUCUCCAUCUCCGGCCCAGCCCAGUCUCCACCUCUGACCCAGCCCAGUCUCCACCUCUGACCCAGCCCAGUCUCCACCGCUGACCUAGCCCAGUCUCCACCUCUGGCCCAGCCCAGUCUCCACCUCUGACCCAGCCCAGUCUCCACCUCUGACCCAGCCCAGUCUCCAUCUCCGGCCCAGCCCAGUCUCCACCUCUGGCCCAGCCCAGUCUCCACCUCUGACCCAGCCCAGUCUCCACCUCUGACCCAGCCCAGUCUCCAUCUCCGGCCCAGCCCAGUCUCCACCUCUGGCCCAGCCCAGUCUCCACCUCUGACCCAGCCCAGUCUCCACCUCUGACCCAGCCCAGUCUCCACCUCUGACCCAGCCCAGUCUCCAUCUCCGGCCCAGUCCAGUCUCGGUUGAGAGACGUGUGUACUGCAUAUGUUGAGACUGAUGGGGCUCUUUAUGUAAUCUAUUCCCUCAACAGUGAUCUGUUCCUUCACUCUUGAUGAAAAUAAUGGAAGAGAGAUUAUAGAUAAAAUGACAUUGAUAGAGAGGAAUUUAAGGCCAAAACAAAGAAACACAUGAACUUCGAUUCAUGUCUGUUGAUGAAUGACAGAGAUGCCACUAGGUACAUUCCCUUGCCUGUGAUGUGGUCUACCCCACAUUGGGUGCCAACUUUGACCAGGAGGACCGUGGAGGACUAGUCCACAUAGACCCACAGCACAGCCCAGGAGCAGAGGCCUGGUUGGGGUAAAAAAAUCCUCAAGUCAGGUCUGUGGAAGAGCACAGCCAGACUGUAUAGUAACAGACUUACUAGCGGCCUUAAAGCUGUGAGUCUGUUGACAUGUUUGCCGUAGGGCCAAAUGAAUACAGAUUCAUUCUAUUUAUCUCUGAAUGAAAGCUACUUGAUGGAAAAAAUAACAGGCUUUUCUUGUGGAUUUAUUUGACGUUGCAUUUAUUUGAUAUGUUUUGUCCCAGAUGAUUCCUUCCCACACAGAGUGGAAUGAACACAAUAUUCCAACCAUAGAUUGAGGAACAAACAAACAAACAAACAAACUUGUAAAAAAGACAUAUGCCAUUCAAAGAGGAAGCUUUGACAUAUCAUCAUAAACAGACCUGUAAUGUAUACUACAGCUGUUCCCUUCCCUUCAUUAUGUUAAAUGCUCAGUGUUUUUUAACAAUCCGUUGAACGCUCACUGUGUUCUGUUGAUAACUAUGAUCUCUUGUAGCUUUAGAGGGAUUCCUAGGGGUCAGGGGUGACUUCUGGGAAAGUCCCAGGUGAAGGAGGAGGAGGAGGAGGGAAGGGGGACUCAGGGGUUCUGAUGGGCGACAGGGAUGAUCCUUCCAGGGGUGCAGUUCCCCCUCAUAGAGGCCUGUUAGGUCACGAGACUCACGACCAAGAGACACAUGAGAAACCAGGACCACCUCACCACAGACCAACCCAGCUGACCAGAAGUGCAAUAUCACGUACCUCAGAGUCGACGACGCCAUCAAACAGAUGAAUCAAAUUUAGAUCUUGUGUCUUAAGAACAUUCUGUAUAAACAUUUGAAUCACGUUUGAGUAUGUCCCUAUGGAGGCGUCCAGGUCCAAAACAAAGAAGCAACAGCAACAACAACCACCAACAUCGUCAGUACGGCUAUAAUAGCAAAGCCACAGGGAAAGGUGGGACGCACAUUGUGAACCAUUGAAGUCAUUCCAAGUCCAUGUGGAGCAGAUUGAUUCAAGGGAAAAAGAAGUCAACAAAAAAACUUAUGAAGAAUUACAAAGCCAAAUCAUUUGUUGUUUUUUUGGUCUUUUGUCUUUUGGUUUUUCUUGUUGCAAAAACAGAAAGAUCAAUAGUGUGGUGUUUACGUCAUUUCCUUAUUUAUUCUCUCUAAAGUAUCUAAGCAAUUCUGCAACAUUAUUCUUAAACUUUCUUCAAUGUUUUAGUCAAGUUACUACAUCACAUAUCUUAUAGGAACACCGUGUCCGUCUGUUCACUAAAUGGUAGCUGAAUGUCUCAACAGAUCCAAACUUUGCUACAAGCACUCAGCGGUCAAUUGUACAUUUGUCUGUAACAGAAAGAAAAGUGUUUUUUCUUUCCAAUGGGUUCCUUCAUUUCUAUAUGUUUUUCUGUAUUUUUUGACAGAAUGACAUAAUGUCUUGUGUACAAGCACAGUAUUAUUACUAUUUAUAAUAAAACAGUUUAA